GAAUACGUAGAAUUAAUGGCGGAGGGCAGAGUAAUGGCGAAGAAGGCCCAGGCCCAGGCUCAGGUUGUGGUUUCCGCCGGAGCGUGGGGAUUGAGAAUCAGGUUUCAUUCUCUGGCCGCUCUCUUGGUCACUGCCGUCGUGGUCGCCGCCUUGUACAUGACCGGCGAGAGCGAACGGAUAUUGGACGAGAAAACGUCCAAGGAAAAAAUCCUUGUUCCGGGGGUGGACUCGUUGGCGCUGAGGAGAUGCAGCUUGUUCUCAGGCAAGUGGGUGUUUGAUAACCACUCUUACCCGUUGUACAGAGAGCGCGAAUGCACGUACAUGUCGGAUCAGUUGGCUUGUGGGAAGUUUGGCAGAAAGGACUUGAGCUAUCAGAACUGGAGGUGGCAACCUCACGACUGUGAUCUUCCAAAGUUCAAUGCCACGGCGUUGUUGGAGACAUUAAGGAAUAAGAGGAUGGUGUUCGUUGGGGAUUCACUAAAUAGGGGGCAGUGGGUUUCAAUGGUCUGCUUGGUUGAGUCAUCCAUUCCUCCAAACCUCAAGUCCAUGCACUCUAAUGGUUCCUUGACCACCUUCAAGGCGACAGAGUACAAUGCAUCGAUUGAGUUCUAUUGGGCGCCGUUGCUGGUAGAGUCGAAUUCAGACGAUCCAUUGAACCACCGGGUAGAAGAUCGGACGGUGAGAGUGCAGGCAAUCGAGAAACAUGCCAGGCAUUGGACCCAUGCUGACAUUCUUGUUUUUAAUUCCUACCUCUGGUGGAGAAGGUCUCAAAUGAAGAUUCUGUGGGGAUCGUUUGAAACGGCGUCGGAUGCAAUAUACAAGGAGGUGGAGAUGCCCCGCUGCUACGAAAUGGCACUGAGGACAUGGGCGGAUUGGCUAGAAAUUCACGUCAACCGCACCAAGACGCGAAUGUUCUUCGUUACGAUGUCACCUACUCACCAAAAAGCUGAAGAAUGGGGUGGAAUGGAGGGCCAAAAUUGCUACAAUGAAACAGAGAUAAUUUCAAAAGAGGGAUACGAGGGAAAUAGUUCAAACCCCGGAAUAAUGCAAACAGUGGAUGACGCAAUACAAAAGCUAAAAGCAAGAGGUUUGAAUGUACAGACACUUAACAUUACACAACUUUCAGAGUAUAGGAAAGAAGGUCAUCCAUCCAUUUAUAGGAAGCAAUGGGAGCCUCUAACCCAAGAGCACUUGUCAAACCCUAGCAGCUAUGCAGAUUGUAUACAUUGGUGCCUCCCUGGCAUUCCUGAUGUGUGGAAUGAGCUCUUAUAUGCCUCUAUAUUCUGAUAGCCACAAAUCAAUAAUGAAAACAAACUCUAAGAUUUGUAAA